CACAGUAGGUAGUUGGUGCUAGAGCUAGCAGAUGGCAGCAAGGAGAAAGUGCCUUGACAUUCCUCUUCUCGGACUGAGGGAAUGCUUUGACAGAUGCCUUUAAAGAGACCCGCAGCUGGUCUCACCUUCUGUUUACUCUACUUGACUUCGUAUUUCACCAACAAGUAUGUCUUGUCUGUCCUGAAAUUCACUUAUCCUACCCUUUUUCAAGGAUGGCAGACACUAGUCGGUGGACUUCUACUGCACAUUUUCUGGAAGUGGGGCUGGGUGGAGAUUAGCAGCAGUUCAAGGACUGAAGUAAUCUCAUGGCUUCCAGCUUCAGCACUUUUUGUGGGCAUUAUUUACUCAGGUUCCAGGGCACUAUCCAGAUUGCCAAUUCCUAUUUUUCUUACUUUACACAAUGCUGCAGAAGUUAUUACCUGUGGAAUCGAGAAGUUUGUGCAGAAAGAGCAAAUUUCUCUGCUAAAAAUUUGUAGAGUGCUGAUCCUUCUGGUAGCAGCAGGAUGCCUUCCUUUCUGUGACCCACAGUUUGAUGCAGAUGGCUAUUUCUGGGCUGUCACCCAUUUGCUGUGUGUUGGGGCUUACAAAGUAUUUCACAAAUUGUGGAGACCUAGUUCUCUAAGUGACUCAGAGCAACAGUAUAUAAACUAUGCAUCCAGAUAUCGGGCGGAGAGUCUCUGUGGCAACUUUAAGGUAGUUCAAAGUGAUGAAUAUCCCCUUCCUCUUGCCUUCUCGCUGCUAUUUCUCGCAUUGCUUCUUCAGGGACUUCUUUGCUGCUUUGCUUCUUUCUUCCUGUUUUCCAAAUCAAGCCUCUCUAAGCAGUUCCGCUUGGUGUUCUUCUUGCAUUCCAUUCUCUCGCGAUAUUUACUCAGCCGUUCCUCCACCUCCUCCCCUUUUCUCACAGCCAGCUAUCUCUCUCCAAACCGCAAGUAUGCAUAAACAAAAGUUAUUUUCUCUUCUUUUACGCUUUAUAAUCUUUCAAAUUUCAAAUCUUCCUUCAAGAUGUCUUGCUCCUGUCUUAUUCUAUCAUCUCAGUCCACAAUUUUCAUUUUUAGUAGAGAUUUUCCUUCUCUUUUUAAAUCCGAAAGCCAGAUAAAAAUCUUUUACCUCGAUUUGUUCCAUUUGGGUCUUUCGUGCUGCCUCAUUCGUUACCCAUUAGCCAAAUCUGGUUCUGAAGCUUGGGUCCUGGCGGGCUUAUGCCGAACAACGACUCAAAGAGUGCUGCAGAGAUGUUAGCUCGUCCUUCUUCGAGAGUACCUCAAAGCGAUGUGGGAGAUCCAUCGUCCUGGACCCCCCCCCCCCCCGCUGAGAUCUCACUCUCUCUGGAACUUGUAGCGUUCUGGCUCCUCUCCUACCUGGAGAGGAGUGGCAGCCGGUGAUCUGAGCACCUGGCCUGCCCAAAACAGUCACUCUUGACGGUCCAGCUCCCUGGACCGCUUCAGCCCGCCAUUAGCCAAACUGGAAGUUCCCGAUUAUACUAUAACCAAGGUUGUGUAUUUUACACAGAAUUUAUACGCAGAAUCUCUAUUUCAAAUUGGAUUAUACAAAGACUACCUGUUCCCGGUAAGCAUAUGGGGAAAGGGGGGAUCCCUGCCUAUCCCUCCACCCAGCAUGCCUGCCCUAUCUCUGAACAUUCAAGCAGGGUAACUGUGCAUUCACUUUCUACUGUGUAUAGGGCAACAGAUCAUUUUCAUAUUGUCUGAGCAAAUAAAUAAACGUCUUUGUAAUUUCUGGUAAAUUUCAGAAACUAGAGUGCCAAGUUUUCAAGUGGCUAGGUGUGUCCCUUUCCAGGUGGGGCAGAGGAGUGGUUCAAUGAUGAUGAAAAUCCAAUUAUCAAAAAGUGGGUUAGAGGUCAGUGGGAAUGGGAGGGACAAACAAAACCUGAAAGAAACAUUAUGCACUAGGAAAAAAAUCAAUUCAAAAUCAGCUUUAAGAAAAAGAUCAGGGUAAAAGUGAUCUCAAAAGAACUGGGGGGAAAUUGCAGGGUGGGGGGAACACCAAAAAAAUUGAAGCAAGAACUAAAGAUAAAAACUUGCAGCAGGGAUAAGUCAAAGGGCCAAAAUUUAUGGGGAAAACCUAUGUGGAAAACCCAAUAGUUGCAUUAACAAUUUAUACAAUUUAUACUAAUGAACAGUAACUUUUUUGUAUUAAUAAAAUGAUGAGAUUUGAGGUGUUAUAAAGCCAUUUUUGUAUGUUUUAAUGAUUAGUUACAGAAAAGCAGUGUAUUUUGAAGUGUAUGGUGUAAUUUCAUGUUCCAAAGCAAUCAGGCCUCAGUCUAAGAAGUCUAAACUGAGAAUCAAAUGGAAUUUUGCCAGAGGAGACGUACAUUUCUUGCAGCACUGCUCAGAAAUAGUACUUUCAUGUUAUUUUGAGUUCUUAGAUGAUGCUCAACUAUCAUCCCUCAGAGAUUCAGAAAGUGGAUGACUACUGUAUCCUGAAUGGGCAUUGUCUCAUUUGUAAUGGCAGAAAUAAAGCUAGGAAAUAAAGUACAUGAACAUAAACUUCUCAUCGCUCCUUAGCUCAAAUGCAGGCGAACUCAAAUAUUUUACUUCUACUACAAUUUGUUAUAUUGCUUAAUAAAUAUCACUGGUGUCUGUCUUGAAGAAUUAAGGCUAAUAAUAAAGAAUAAUGUGCUUUUUUGUCCCCAGUGUGGUGGUGUUGGCUUUUGCAUCCCACCCAA